AUGAAGAAAGAGAAUCUGAUUGAAAGAUACGAAAUUGGGGGUUUUGCUCGGAACCCGAUUGCCGGUGAUCAGAAAUCUGUCCAGACGUCAAAGGAUAGUAAUCUUUCUCUGGUGGACCAAUUUUCGAAGCUUAAUAGGCUAUGGCAUCCUUGGGAAACAGAAAAGGUGGACUACUUUGUACUUGGUGAUCUUUGGAAUAGUUUUGAUGAAUGGAGUGCUUAUGGUGCUGGUAUUCCAAUCACUUCAGACGAUGGCCAAAAUCUAAUCCAAUAUUUCGUGCCUUAUCUCUCUGCUAUUCAAAUUUUCACCAGCAAUUCUUCUGUAAACUGUCUGAGAGAAGAGAUCGACUCUGUAAGCGAGACAAGGGACUCAUUUAGUGAUUCAUUCAGCGACGAGAGUGAAUGCGAAAAGUUAUCAAGGUGGGAUGGAUGUUCCUCUGAAGAAGGUGUCUUUGAGCAGGACAGUUUUUGGCUUCCGAAUGAUAGAUUGGGUAAUCUUUACCUUCAAUACUUUGAGAGAUCAUCUCCAUAUGCCAGUCCUGCUUUAAUUGCUAGUAAUACUGAAGAAUCAAUAAAAGGAGACACGCAAACUAUUAGUAGCUUAGCUCAAAGAUACCCUGGAUUGAUGUCUUUGCGAAGUGUAGAUCUUUCGCCUGCUAGUUGGAUGGCAGUUGCCUGGUACCCUAUCUAUCAUAUUCCUACUGGUAGAACUAUUAAAGACUUGCAAACGUGCUUCCUCACCUACCAUACACUUUCUUCUUCCUUUCAAGAUAUGGACUUGGAAAACGAUGUCAAGACGAAAAGAAAGGAAGGAGAAAGCAUCUCACUCCCUCCAUUUGGGUUGGCCACUUACAAGAUGCUAGGAGAUGUAUGGGUAUCGGACAAAAACGGGCAUGAUCGAGAAAGAAUUGGGUCACUUUUGAGCGUGGCAGAUUCUUGGCUAAAGCAAUUACGGGUCCAACACCAUGAUUUCAACUAUUUCAUGGGAAUACGACAUGGCUAAAAAAAAGGGAUUCUCUCUGUAAGAUAAGAUACUGAGACUUGAGAGUUUAAUGUGCGUUUUGUUAAUAUAUUUAGCGCAAGUGAGUGAGCUAAUGAAUGGGGACUUACUUUGUCCUAUCUUUUAAUUUAAACUUUAGUUUGCAUGAGUCGGGCAAGGUUCGGGCUACAUUAUUGGCGAGGAUGCCGGAAGUUCUUUGAGGAUGUUAACUGUUAACUAGUUUUAGUGGUGUUUUUUCUUUUACUGUUUUUGGUGUAAUGUGGAGAAGUUGUGGCAGAUCAAUGCUGCUUAAGGAUUUGCACUCUGUGUUUUAUUAGUAAAGUUUUCAGAAAAUUUGUUAGCACAUGUUCGGAGUCU